AUGUCUUCUUAUUCUUCUUUUAGCUCCAUCGAGAGCCUGUCCCUGGCGGAUAGACAAUUAUUCAACGAAUUCAGCAAAGGUCCCGAGGUCCCUAUUCCUUUCGAGGUCGCACAUCAUGCAUUCGAGGCGGUUGCGCAGGCGCAUCCUGACCUCGUCGCUGUUCGACACUACGAUGGAAGCACAAUCACAUACGCGGAGCUCGACCGACGAGCGAAUAUGUUGGCGAACGAGCUUAUUGCUACUUAUGGAUUGAGGAUAGGUGAUCGUGUGGUGUGUGUGUACUCACGAUGUAUCGAGAUGGUGGUGUUCAUCUUGGCUGUUCUCAAGGCUGGUGGACAGUAUGUGCCAUUGGAUGGUGGUAUCGUCACGGAUGAUACUUUGGGCUUUGACAUUGCCGACUCAGAUGCUCCUGUUGUUCUGUGUCUACCCAAGUUCUUUGAAAAGGUUGUUCGAAGUAUUCCUGAUGAUAGACGGAAUAUGGUCAAUGUUAUUGACCUGGAUUCGAGCUCACCACUUUGGCACAUGGGAAACCCAUCAGAUCCCAUGGUUGAGGUCACUACCGACGACGGCGCAUAUGUUAUCUACACAUCUGGCACCACAGGCCGGCCCAAGGGUGUCGAUGUGCGACAUAGAGGUGUCACCAACACUCUACUAGCAGAACCUUCCAAGCUUGGUAUUCGACCUGGCAGGAACGUGGCUCAACAGCUCAACGUCGCUUUCGAUAUGUGCGCCUGGGAAAUUCUAGGCACAAUGAUGAACGGCGGUACCCUCCACAUCCGAGGCAGUGGUCUGGCUCCCUGGACAGAAUGUCUCCAACGCUGCGACACCAUCAUCGCCACUCCCUCCGUCGUCCUCAAAUACAUGCCCAACCCAGAAGACUUCCCCAACGUCGAUACAAUCGCCGUCGGCGGCGAGCCCUGUCCUCUAGCACUCGCUGAGAAGUGGGCUCCCUACGUCAACUUCUGGAAUGUGUGCGGUCCUACAGAGAUCAGCAUGCUCAACACAGGUCAUCUUCACAGACCCGGUAUUCCAUUGACGAUUGGAAAGCCCAAUCCUAAUACCAAUGUGUAUAUUCUGGAUGAUGAUGAGAAUCCUGUGCCGAUUGGUCAACCAGGUGUUAUGUGGGCGGGUGGUCCAGGUGUGUCAGCGGGUUACAUCAAUUUGCCUGAACUGACAGCCACACGAUACAAAUUGGACAAGUUCACCAACGAUGGACGAAUGAUGUUCAACACUGGCGAUCUCGCCCAGUGGACCGAAGACGGCAGUCUCCUCCCCCUCGGCCGCAAAGACGACCAAGUCAAAAUCCAAGGAUUCCGCGUCGAACUCGACGGCGUCUCCCGCUCCAUCGAAACAACCCCCGGCGUCGUAAAAGGCUGCGCUCUCAAGAUCGAAAACAGCCUCUGGGGCUUCUACUCCGCACCCUCCAAGAUCGACGAGACCAAGCUCAAGAACGCCGUCGCUGUAUCACAACCUUUCUACGCCGUCCCAUCGAUCUGGAAAUGGCUCCCCGUUCUAGAACUCACGCCUAACGGCAAGGUUGACAAGCGCGCUUUGAUGAAGAUUGCUGAGCAGGGUGAUGUGGUUGAGCCUGUUGGUCUUACGGUUAUUGAGAAGGCUAGGCCACAGACUUUGUGGCCUUCUGCUGAGCGUAUGAUGUCCAUGACUAGUUCCAGCGAUGGAACUGUCGUUGGAACAGAUACCAGCGUGCGCGAUCUGGAGAAGGAUGACAAGCCGCUUGUGGAUGAGUAUAACGAGGAGGAGUUUCCUCUUCCGGAGAAGAGCGGCUUCCAUGGAUGGCGCUGGGUGCGACACACUGCUUUCUCAGCGUAUCGCAAGUUGUUUGGCUUCAUCUUCCUCACCAACCUCAUCGUUCUCAUCGCUCUGUUGGUGGAUAGUGCCGAUAACGACUACUAUCCCAAGCCAACACAUGUCGCUACAGCCGUUGCUUCGAAUCUUCUUGCCGCAGUGCUUAUUCGACAGGAGUACGUUGUCAACGCCAUCUUCUUCACCUGCUCUCGAGUCCCCACAUCUUUCCCUCUGUCUAUACGACGACAUUUCGCGCGAGUGUACCACAAUGGUGGUGUUCACUCUGGCUGUGCUGUUUCUGCUACAGCCUGGUGGUUCAUGUACACCAUCUCCGUCAGCCGCGAUUUCCUGUCGGAGAAGCAUCCCGCUCAGAUCAAAUCUGUUGUCCUCGCUUUGACAUAUAUCAUCUUGGGAUUCCUUUGCUUUAUCCUCGGUAUGGCGUAUCCUUCUGUUCGUAUGAAGAUGCACGAUCAGUUUGAGUGGGCGCAUCGAUUCGUCGGUUGGACUUCUGUUGCUCUUGUCUGGGCUCAUGUUAUCGUCUCGACCGCAGCAUCUACCACUGGACCUCUUGGACCAGCUCUGGCCGAGACCCCCACGAUCUGGCUGCUUUCGCUCAUCACACUGAGCAUCGCCCUCCCAUGGACCAGACUUCGUCGCGUUAAUGUCGUCCCGGAGCCUUUAUCCAAGCACGCCGUCCGUCUGCACUUCGACUUCGACACUCCUCCACCUUGCUCCUCUCGAGGUGUCCGUAUCACCGAUCGUCCUCUUGUCGAAUGGCACGCCUUCGCCGCCAUCCCCGAACCAAGCGGCAAGGGCUUCUCAAUCGUCGUCUCCAAGGCCGGUGACUGGACUAAGCGCAUCAUCGAGAAGCCCCCCACAUCCAUCUGGACACGAGGAACGCCUGCCUCUGGAGUCCUCGCCAUUGCACCUCUCUUCAAGAAGGUCGUGCUCGUCGCCACUGGCUCUGGUAUCGGACCCUGUUUGCCAGUCAUCAUGGAGCGUCGCGUCCCUUGCAAGGUUGUCUGGUCCACCAAGAACCCUCUCACAACCUACGGCCAAGGUAUCAUCGACACAAUUACGGCCUGCGAUCCCGACGCUACCAUCUGGGACACUGAUCAAAAGGGUCGACCCGACAUGGUGAAGUUGGCGUAUCAGGCGUACAAGGAGAGUGGCGCCGAGUGCGUUUGUAUUAUUUCCAACAGAUCUGUUACCGCGAAGGUGGUGUAUGGAUUGGAGACUCGUGGUAUCCCGGCGUAUGGGCCAAUUCUUGAUUCUUGA